GACACUCGAGGAGGUACACGAGACGAAAAGUGGACGGGUGCCUCGCGCCACCGCCUCUCCCGAGGGCGCGUACUGACCAGAAUGUCAGGAAAGCUCAAGGAACGCAAAAGAACCCCUGUUUCCCACAAAGUGAUAGAAAAGCGGAGGAGAGACCGGAUUAACCACUGUUUGAACGAGCUGGGCAAGACGGUGCCCAUGGCCCUGGCGAAGCAGAGUUCCGGGAAGCUGGAGAAGGCGGAGAUCCUCGAGAUGACCGUUCAGUACCUGAGAGCCCUGCACUCCGCUGAUUUUCCCCGGGGAAGGGAAAAAGAACUGUUAGCGGAGUUUGCCAACUACUUCCACUACGGCUACCACGAGUGCAUGAAGAACCUGGUGCAUUACCUCACCACCGUGGAGAGGAUGGAGACCAAGGACACCAAGUACGCGCGCAUCCUCGCCUUCUUGCAGUCCAAGGCCCGCUUGGGCGCCGAGCCCGCCUUCCAGCCGCUGGGUUCGCUCCCGGAGCCGGAUUUCUCUUAUCAGCUGCACCCAGCGGGGCCCGAGUUCCCAGGCCAUAGCCCUGGUGAGGCGUCCGUGUUCCCGCAGGGCGCGGCCCCGGGGUCCUUCGCCUGGCCACACGGCGCGGCCCGCAGCCCGGCGCUGCCCUACCUGCCCAGCGCGCCCGUGCCUCUUCCGAGCCCUGCGCAGCAGCACAGCCCCUUCCUGACGCCCGUGCAGGGCCUGGACCGGCAUUACCUCAACCUGAUCGGCCACGCCCACCCCAACGCCCUUAACCUGCACACGCCCCAGCACCCCGCGGUGCUCUGACGCCGACUCGCCCGCAGAUUUCUUUGCGCUU